AUGGAGGGAGUACAACAACAAUUUGUUGACAAUUACCACGAUUAUGAAGAUGGUCUUGCCCCUGGGUAUCGUUUUUGUCCAACCGAUGCAGAGCUUAUCGUCUGCUACUUGAAAGCAAAGAUCGAGAAAGAUGCGUAUCCCCCUUGCCGCAUACAUGAAGUCAAUAUCUAUAACCACAGUCCCGAUGAUCUUGCAAGAGAAUACCGAUCGUGUGAUAAUAAGUGGUACUUCUUGACCCCGAGAGAACGACAGUGCCCAAAAGGGAGUCGGCCAAAUAGAAAGGUGGGCAACUUUGGAAAAUGGAAGGCAGCGCAGAAAGACGCAGCAGUGUUGGAUGUGAAGGGCCAGGAAGUUGGAAGGAAAAGGAGUUUGAAUUUCUUGGAUGAAAACGGGAUCAAGACGUCAUGGCUAAUGCAAGAGUAUACCACCACCCAUCCUAAUCUCCCCAUUGGAACCGGACCACAAACCAUGUUGAGCAAUUGGGUGCUGUGCAAAAUUUAUAAGCUGAAGGAAGAAAAGAGCGGAACUACUGGAAACGUUAAUCAGGCGAAACAGCAAUUUGUAGGCAAGAGGAAUAAUAAUGAUCAACAAGAUCAGGAAAGCACUGUGCACGAUGAACAAAACCAACAGCUACACAUUAUUAAUGAUGAACCGUCACCCAAACGAACAAGACUAGCAUCAUCAGACGUGGACUACAACCAACAGCAGCAGGGUACUAAUUCUACUUCACAGCAAUAUUAUUACGAUCAUCAUCAUCAACAUCGUCAAUCUUCUACUACUUAUGAUCAUGAGAUGAGCAUCUUAACUGCUACGCCCGAUGGUUAUCAUUGUCAACAAAAUCAGAAGCAGAUGUCAUCAAUAUUCAUGAACGCAUCAACAAAUAACAGUAGUGCUGCUUCAACUUCUUUUACUACUACUACUCCUCCUCCAAACGAUGAUCAUGAGAGCAUGUUAACUAUGGCCGAUGGUUAUCAAUAUUGUCAACAAAAUCAGCUGAAGCAGAUGAUGUCAUCAUCAAUUACCGCAUCAACAACUAACACUACUGCUUCAACUUCUACUACUACUACUCCAAACGAUGAUCCUCAACAAACGACAACUUCUAGCAUGAUAGUUACUACUACUAGUAGUACUACGCCACCAUCAUCAUGUCCGCCCCUCCCACUAGACAUGUUUUUGGAUGAUGAUGCUGAUGAUGAUUUUGAUUGGGUCGCUGCUCUCGAUUCUUGCGAUGUUCUUGAUGAUAUUUAUAUUCCAGCUGAUGAUCAUCUUUUCCAACCCGACGACGAUUUUGGCCGCUAUCUUCUUGAAGAAUUCGUCUUCUGA